AUGCUUGCUGUUAUUGUUUACCCAACCGGCCAGGUAGUCCUGGACGACUUGGGUUGCCACAAAGGCUUGGCAAAAGACACUGAGGCGUUCGCAGACUUGCUGCUGCAGUGCACUGCUUUUGAUGCAGAAUGGGAUGACACCGACGAGUGGAACGCCUUAACGUUGCAGGCAGUCGCAUAUUUGAGGCAGGACCUGAAGGCGGAGGCCUUCGUAGCGAGCGCUGAGUCCAAUACUUUCGCAGCAGUGCGCAAGAAGGCAUCAGUCUUGCGUCGCCGCUUGGGUGGUGAACGGGCCGCUGGACCAACUGCAGGCUCGCUGGAGGAGGAAGGCAUCUGCAUGCCCGGUGUGCUUUCAAUGAACACCCGCGUGCAGUGUCCUGUCUGCAUGGUCAUGCAACAGGAGUUGCUUCGAUGCCCACAAUGCCGCAAUGUUGGCUACUGCAGCAUGCAGCAUCUGCAAGAGGAUGCUCCCCGACACAGUGUCUGGUGCUCCUCGAGAGCCGAGACACCGUCGGUGAAUUAG